CAAUACAAGAACAUUAUGACAGUGGAGACAUCCUUCCAGCGUCUUAAUUCCUGGCAUGGAUGCUCACAUUCUUUGCACAGCUAAUUUAAUUCCAGGAGCCAAUGCUCACAUAUACUUUGCACAUCAUAAUUUAAGCGUACAAUAAAAAUAGAAAGAUGUGUAGCAACAAAGAAAGAGUUUGGAUUGAAAUGGGAGAUGGAUCGGAGGUCGAAUAUUUUCCUCAUCUGUUUUCUCACAAGAAGAGUUUCGAGUGGAUGAAUUAUCUGGAUAAACACAUUCCCUGGACAAGACCUUCUCUUCACAUCUUUGGUCGUAUUUGUUCUCAGCCAAGAGAAACAUGCUAUGUAGCCAAAGAUGGCUUGCCAGCGUACAAAUACAGUGGAUAUGAGCCUGAAAUUCAUUCAUGGGAUGACUAUCCUCCACUUAAAGAUAUACUAAAAUCUGUUCAUGAUGCACUUCCAGGGACUACUUUUAAUAGUUUGUUGUUAAAUCGAUACAAACAUGGGAGUGACUAUGUUGGUUGGCACUCUGAUAAUGAGCCCUUGUAUGGUCCAACUCCAACAAUAGCAUCUGUAACUCUUGGUGCAGAGCGUGAAUUUUUAAUGAGAAGGAAGAAAACACAGAUAUCAAGAGGGGAGGGUACAAAUGCCUUAAACAAUAGUGUUCAUAGCACAGAAAAUAAAAACACAAAUGCUAGUGAAUUGAAACUUCAGAAGGCUACAACAAACCUUAUCUCAGCCGGAUCAGAACCUUCCUCAAGCUCAAAGAGGGAUUAUGACUCAUCUUUUUCAGUAUCUACCAACAUAUUUGAUAUAUUGAAAACAAGACAGAGAGAUGUUCAGUCAAAACAUUCAAAAGAUCGUUACUCCUUUACGCUAAACCAUGGUUCGCUUUUUGUAAUGAGAGGCUACACCCAGAGGGACUGGGAACAUUCUGUUCCUAAGAGAAUGAAAAUGCAGGGAUUAAGAAUAAAUCUCACAUUUAGAUAUGUGAUUGAAAGUUGACAUUUACAUUAAUUACUAUUGGGAGCUUGGCUAUUGCAGCUGAGGAUUCAAUGUAAUAUUCAGUACAAUCUUGCCCCUUAUAUAAUAUUUUCUUUUGUUGUA